AUGGAUGAUUCAAGCCUGUCCAGUAGUGUUGAUGUAGACAAAGGCUUUGCCAUUGCCUUUGUUGUUCUUCUGUUUCUCUUCCUAAUAGUGAUGAUUUUUCGGUGUGCCAAGUUGGUGAAGAAUCCCUACGAGGCCAGCUCUACAGCUACAGAACCAUCUCUGAGCUGAAGUAUGAAAAAACCUGAUAGACUUCCCUUCACAGAUUUGAAAUCUCUUACACAGACGUUUAUGAAACAGACUGUUUAUUACUCCACCUCCCUAUUCCUCAGCCUCCUCCCCCUUGCAUUCCACAAUAGGCACAUGAGGGUGAGUUGAGAAUAAUAAU